AUGCCUGGCAUCUACCGCAACCUUGCGACAGAUCGCGCCUUCAAAGAACUACAGGGUGGACUCUUUCUGAAUGAUAAAGAUACGCAUUCGAGGAUUGAAGUAUUCGUCACCGAGCCCAAAACCAAGCUCGAAUUCGAAUGGCAACAUGUUUCAGCGCGGGCAGAUAACACGAAUGACAGACUUGGUGGGUUCGAUCCCGGGCAACACUACUCACAAAUGGAACAAGAUACGUCAAUUCCACCGUUUCACACCGCCAAAGUAGCCCUUUCAACCAUAUCUGCACUCCAAGAGCAUACUCGGACCUCAUUACCAUUAUGCGCUCUCUUCAUUCGAAAGCGAAAUUCUUUCUCAGAGUUAUCCAUAUCUUCAACAUUUUUCAACCAACUUUGCAAUGAAAUAUCCAUUCCCCGGGAAUUUCAAGACUAUAUACUGUACUUCGGCAGACGAGGGUACGAGGUCGAGAUCUCGCCGCCUCCUUUCGACCUGGACGGCUUAGUGACGCAAUCAGGGAGCAGCAACCCAACUUGGAUGGCCAUGGGUGUCGUUCGCUUCAUGGAAGACAACGGUCGGGUCAAUAUUGAAAACCCCAGUAAACAAUGGUCAAUUCGCCAGACUGCGCUGUUCUCUAGGUAUGAUCAGCAGCAGGUUAAAGCUUUUUGGCUGUUCAUUUCGAUUUCUAAUUCAGUGGAGUCUUUACUUGACGAAAUUUGGACAUCACCUGAACAUGACACCUCCUCUCCAUGGCAGACACUGUACACACUAUAUCACUAUGCAGCAUGCAAUUGGAGGCCUUACGUUGUGGCAUUGAUGCAUGAACUUGAGCGACACGAAAUGGAGCUUUUAGGUACCGCACCCGAUAACACUGGUCCAGUCCCUUUGCCUGGCGCAGAAGAACGACAAGCUCUCCUGAUCCUAGAGAGGCAGGUCUCUACAGCAAAAUUGGGAAUCCAGUCUACAAAGGCCGAUGUGGAAUUCUUGCAGACACAACUUCAGAGCUACGACUUUGGUGGUCGCAAGGAUGCAAGUGCGUGGGGUCGACAUUUCACUGGAAUCGUGCGAAAUUUGAAUGUCAAUCUCAUGCGCGUCGAGGAAAUGUAUCUACGUUUGGAGAGUCUUACGACAUUAGUGUCAAGUUUUCUGGACCUGAAUGGUAGCCAUGCGCUGCGAGUGUUAUCCGAAGAAUCGAGGUACGAGAACGAGACAAUGCGUAAAUUAAACCAAAGGAUGGCUGAACUCGCCGAAAAGAAUGCAGAAGAAGCAGUGACGGUGACGGUCCUGGCAACUUUGACCAUGAUCUACCUGCCUUUCACAGUCGUCAGCAAUUUCUUCUCAACGUCCUUUGUUGGAACGGUCACAUCAUCAAACAGGAUCUUCGUCACGCAGGAUUGUUGGAUACUAUUUGUCAUUUCAGUCGGUUUGACCUUUUUGACUUUUUAUGUCUGGAAAACGUGGACGCGGCUCAAGGUCAGACACCAAUACCCAUUUUGGUGGCCAUUACUGGGCAUUAUGCGACCGAAACGAUUUUCAGAGAAGGAUCAUUUGGAGCCACGGGAAGAUUAUGACUUCCGAAAUGUGAUCCUCUCUGAAGACACGAAUUAG